AUGGCCAUCCACGAUCAAGCUGCUCUGGGUGGUCAUACUGGCUCAGACCUCAUCAAUUUUGGUCAGGAAGACCAAGACUACCUCACGGACUCCGAUGACGGAUCUCUUUCCGCCUCACAGAUCUCAGUCGGCAAUGUCAACUCGGAUCGAGAAGCCAACAAGGCUGCUCUAGUCGACUAUGUUCUCGGCCGGGCCAACGAUGACCAUGAGAACGACCCACCAUCUUCCACGAAAGCUAAAUCCCAGGGCUCCGACAGCAUCAUCGACAAGGCGCGCGAAUACCAACAGGAAUUGUUUGAGCGGGCAAAGGAAGAGAACGUCAUUGCCGUACUGGACACUGGCAGCGGAAAGACAUUGAUUGCCGCCCUGUUGAUUCGACAUUUCUUGCAACAAGAGCUCAUCGACCGAAGUCAAGGCAGACCAGCUAAAAUCGUCUUCUUCCUUGUCAACAGCGUUCCUCUUGCGAAUCAACAAGCGAGAUUCCUCAACAACAAUCUGCCGCAAAAUGUGAUCGCUCUCUACGGGGAUUCAAGCGAUGGCCUUUGGAGGAAAGCGGAAUGGGACAAAAUAUUUACCGACAACAGCGUUGUCGUUUGCACAGCUCCUGUUCUCGACGGAUGUCUGAUGCACGGUUACCUGAACAUGGGACAGAUCUCCUUGAUCGUCUUUGACGAAGCUCAUCACUGCAAGAAGAACCAUCCGUAUUCGAGGAUCAUUCGGGACUAUUAUCUCAAAUGGAAGGGCACUCGACCUCGCAUUUUCGGCAUGACCGCUUCCCCCGCAGAUGAAUCAAGGCGAGAUAUUACUCAAGUUGUCAGUGACCUCGAAGCGCUGUUGCAAAGCAAGAUCGUCACAACUCGUGAUCAAUCUGUUUUCGACUUCGCUCCGAAGCCAACGGACGAGUACUGGAAGUAUCCGCCGCUCCUGGGGCACUUUGAGACAGCUUUACAUACUCGACUCCGCCCAUUGUGUGGCACCAUCGAAGACUUUGAGCAGUAUUUCUUCUUCUCCACCAUCGCCUCCAGCCAACUUGGCGCCUGGGCAGCUGACAGAGUCUGGAGAUAUGCGCUUCCUACGUCGGAACAUGGGGUUGCAAAUAUCAUCAACAAGCUGGAGCGGAGUUCUGCUUACAUCCAAGAUACGGACAACCAUAGACGCGAAUCGGCGCUGAGUUCUGUUAGGGAGGCUAUUUCGGUCGUCAAGUCGCACUGCUUUGGGCCUCCGUGUCUGGACAAUGGGCGGGAAUUGUCUUCCAAAGUAAGAUAUCUGUACGACCGGCUCAAGCAACGAUAUUCAGAGUUCCCCACCACCAGAGCAAUCGUCUUCGUCGAGCAGAGAUUGACGGCAUUCGUCCUUCGCGAUCUCUUUGAGAUGUUGGACUUGCCCAAUCUACGACCAGGAGUUCUUGUUGGUGUUGGCCAAAAGAGUGCCGAGUCGAGUUCGUGGAAAGAUCAAGAAGCCGCACUGGACAGCUUCCGGACCGGGGUCAUCAACGUGAUCUUCGCUACCAGUGUAGCCGAAGAAGGUAUCGACAUACCCCAGUGCAACUUGGUGGUUAGAUUUGACCUUUACAAAACCCCGAUCCAGUACAUGCAAAGUCGUGGACGUGCUCGAAUGAGAGGUUCCAUCUAUGCACACAUGAUGGAAGUGGGCAAUCACAGUCAGCAAUCACUUGUUGACUAUGCUCGUGAUCAAGACGAGUACAUCAGAAUGUUCUGUCAACAACUUCCUCCAAACAGAUUGUUGGGCCAGGGGUCACGUUUGAGGCAAAUCAUGGCUCGAGACACGAGCUGUCAGAUUUUCAAAACAUCGUCUGGAGUCAUUGCCAACUACAGCAACGCACUUAUGCUUCUGAACCGGUAUGCAGAGUCAUUGCAGAAGGUUGGGGCAACGUCAGGAGAGGUGUACGAAGAGAUCAUCGAUGUGGAAGAAAACAUGUUUAGGUAUAAAGUCAUUCUGCCUGUAACAGACGAUGAACGCACCGCAGCAGUCAAAGGUGCUCGAGGUGAUGCCCGGACCAACAAGGUGUUGGCAAAACGCUCCGCAGCCUGGCAUUGCUGCUACAAACUACGCCAGGCACGUCUUUUGGAUGAGAACCUGGACAGUAUCUUUGUCAAAGUCAAGCCUGCCAACCUGAAUGCUCGAACCGCCGUGUCGGAAAAGAAGGAUGAUUACGAAAAGAAACUCAAACCAGAUUUCUGGGUGACCAGCGGAGUUGGAACCUCUGAGCUGCCAACAGAACUGUUCGUCACCCAUGUGCAUCUUGAGCCUCAGUCACCAUCUUGGCAUACGGACGGCCUCUUGCUUCUGACGCGAUCUGCCUUGCCAGAUCUACCAUCUUUUCCGGUAUUCGUAGACGACAAUCUUGAAAUAGAGGUCGUGUUCAAGCGCAUCGAGGGCCCCAUAUUCGUCAAUCCUGACCAGGUCGAAGCCCUGACGAAAUACACGCUCAGUGGAGUAUUUGAAGACGUUUUCAACAAGACUUACAUGCACGAUUCCAAGUCCAUGAGCUACUGGCUAGCUCCCCCUUUGAAGAAAGACUUGGUCGGAAGCAGAACCUUUGAAGACGUGGUGAAUGUGCCUGAUCUUCUUGUUGCUGGCUCUUCAGAACGACAGCAAUGGAGGCCAGCCAACAGUUCGGAUCCUAAGCUCACAAACGCUGAAAAAUGGUGCAAUGCGUUUCUGGUUGACCCGGGUAGUGGGAAAUUUCACUACUUUACCCACGGUAUCGUCUCCGGGAAAUCCAUCUGGGACGCCCCGCCCGACACGGUGCAGGCCGUCCAGAAGAAACACAAAGACAACAUCAUUGAGUUCACAGACAGUACCUGGCGCAAGAAGGGCACAGGUCCGGCCUUGUUAGACAGCAAGUACGAUCCCAACCAACCAGUUCUUGAAGCUAAAAUGGUCAUUCCUGGACGAAACUUUCUCGAGAGAUGUCCUAAAGAUCAUCAGCGAUAUGCCAUGUGCCUGAUUGCGCCACAGCCACUCCAAAUCGCCCGAGUUUCUUACUCAAUGGCACAGAUCUGUCAACUGUGGCCGUCCAUCCUGCAUAGAUUUGAAUCUUAUCUCAUCGUCGGCGAAGCGUUUGAGAAGCUGAACCUACGCGAAGUACCUUAUCACCUGGCCCUGGAAGCUUAUACCAAAGACAAGAGUGCUGAAGGCGACAUGGAUCAGGAAGAAGCUCUACAUCAGGGUUUGACUAACGGCGAGGAGCCUGCCGAAGGGAGAUCAGCAUUGAACUAUGAACGACUGGAAUUCAUCGGCGAUUCGCUCCUCAAAAUGAUGACAACCAUCACGGUGUUCAACCGAACAACCUGCGACGAAGAAGGAAUGCACUGUAAACGCAUGGCCUUGAUUUCGAACAGUCGACUGUUCAAUGUCGCUUCCUCGCCGCAAUACGAACUCUAUCGCUAUAUCCGCGCAGGGGCUGAAGACCAUUGGCGUGAUACGUGGUAUCCCGAGUUCCUGGAAUUGAAGAAAGGUCGAGUGAUCAAAAUGACGGAUAAACACCGCAAACAAGCGCUCGGAAAGAAGUCGAUAGCGGAUGUUUGUGAAGCGACGAUUGGAGCUUGUGUCAUGACAACCCAGCAUCUACAGACGGAGGAAAGAUUCGAUCUGGGGAUCAAAGCGAUCACGAAAUUGGUUGAUGACGACGACCACGCUAUCACUUCGUGGAAAGAAAUUCGAACAAUGUACAGGCCGCCAAAAUGGUCAACGGCAUUGAACGACCCAGUUGCAAACGAUUUGGCCCGAAAGAUCUUCGAUAUUACGGGAUAUAGAUUCAAGAAUCCAUGCCUGUUACGAUCCGCAUUCACCCAUUCCUCGGACCAGAACUCUCCAGUACCGGAUCUGCAACGCCUGGAGUUCUUGGGCGACGCUUGUCUCGACUGGGUCUGUAUCUGGUGGUUGUUCUCCAUCAACCCGACGCGCAAUCCGCAAUGGUUGACGGAACACAAGAUGGCCAUGGUCUCGAACAAGUUCCUCGCGGCGCUCGCCGUGACCUUGGGCUUCAACAAACUCAUCUACGCCUCGGGCCCAGCCCUGUACGCCGAAAUCGGCACCUACGCGGCCAACGUGCAGCAAGCGUACAGCGAAGAAGGGGUCAAACCUGAUUUCUGGACACGCAUGACUUCAGGCACGUACCCGCCCAAAGCACUGGCUGAUUUGGUCGAAAGCUACCUCGGUGCGGUGCUGGUCGACUCCGGGUUUGACUUCCGUGAGAUCGAGAAGUUCUUCCAAAAUCAUGUCAAAUGGUUCUUCGAGGACAUCGAGGCCUACGACACGUUUGCUAAUCGCCACCCUACCACACAUUUGUUCCGGCUUUUGCGAGAGGAGUUUCGAUGUGUCAAGAGCGAGCCGGUGGUUAUUGUUGGCUCUGUCAAGCCUACCACCUCUAGGCCCUCACAUCACAAUACUCAUGGUGAUGAUGGCGAUGGUGAUGGAGGAGGAGGGGCCGGAGAAGAGGAUGACGAUGGGGCAGGUGAUGAAGCUGUUUCAGGUGUCAUGGUCCAUGUUGCUUGGUUUGUUCAUGGACGUAGGGUCGCUGUAAGUCAGGGGCAGGGAGCCAAAUACGCCAAAGUCCGCGCGAGUAAGUCUGCAUUGAAGAUUCUGGGGAAAUUGAAGGUCGAUGAGUUCCGGAAGGAAUGGGGGUGUGAUUGUGUGCAGAAGAAAGAACCCGAAACUGGGAGUGACAGAGACAGUGACAGAGAGCCUGCUUGA